AUGAUCAUGACGAAGAUCCUUGUGGCGUUGGUGUCCUGUCUGGGUAUCUUGGCUCAUGCUUUGCCGGGGAUGGCUGAUGGAGGACACUCAUCCAAACUAGAAGUGACAAACCGGCUGGUGUUUGCCCAUUUCAUGAUCGGAAUUACGAGUGACAGACACAGCGCCGCCGACUAUGAUGAUGACAUGAAACGUGCCAAUGCAUUAGGCAUCGAUGCCUUUGCCUUGAACAUUGGAGUCGAUCCAUAUACGGAUCAGCAAUUGCAGUUCGCAUACGACUCGGCGGCGAGAAAUUCCAUGAAGGUUUUCAUCUCGUUCGACUUUAACUGGUGGAACACCGGACAGGCCUGGGCUAUCGGCCAGAAGAUUGCACAAUAUGCCGAUAAACCGGGCCAACUCAUGGUUGACAACAAGGUGUUUGUCUCCUCGUUUGCUGGCGAUGGUCUCAAUGUGGAAUCCUUGCGCGCUGCCGCGGGGAGGCCCAUCUUCUUUGCGCCCAACUUUCAUCCCUCGGAUGGGACUGAUAUUUCUUCCGUCGACGGUUUGUUGAACUGGAUGGCCUGGCCCAACAAUGGGCAGAACAAGGCCCCCACGCCGGGGCAGAAUGUCACUGUUGCGGAUGGUGACAAAGUAUACGUGAAUGCGCUCGCGGGGAAGGCGUACAUCGCACGUGAGUCGGCUCCUCCUAUUCUCCGUCCCCCGGAUGUCUCUGACACCACAACUCCUCCAGCGGUCUCCCCGUGGUUCUCGACCCAUUUCGGCCCCGAGGUCUCCUACAGCAAAAACUGGGUGUUUCCCUCGGACUUGCUGUGGUACGAUCGCUGGAACGAGAUUCUCCAACUCGGACCCCGCUUCAUCGAAAUUGUCACAUGGAAUGACUACGGCGAAUCGCACUAUAUUGGACCGUUAAAUUCAAUCCAUACGGAUGACGGUGCAUCCAAAUGGGUCAAUGACAUGCCCCAUGACGGAUGGCUCGACAUCUCAAAGCCCUUCAUUGCGGCGUUCAAAGACGGGGCAAAGUCUGCGACCAGCUAUAUUAAGUCCGACGAGCUGGUGUACUGGUAUCGGCCAGCUCCUCGCGGUGUGGACUGUGAUGCAACCGAUACAUGCAUGGUGCCCGCGAAUAAUGGCAGUGGGAAUUACUUCAUAGGUCGUCCAGACGGCUGGCAGUCGAUGCAAGACGCGAUCUUUGUGGUUUCGCUCCUUCAGUCCCCUGGAACCGUCCAGGUCAACAGCGGUGGUACGUUAUAUCAAUAUGAGGCUCCUGCUGGAGCAUUCGCCCAGCAGGUACCGAUGCAGGUGGGAGUACCUGCUUUCACGGUUCUUCGCAACGGUAGUCCAGUCCUGUCGGGAACAAGUCUGAAACCCAUCAUCAACGGAUGCGUGUGUGGCUUGUACAACUUCAAUGCGUAUGUCGGGACACUGCCCCUCGAGCUUAGCGAUCCUUUGCUGCAAGACGGACUUGCGGCUUUCAAUCAAGGCCUUCGCGUACAGACAUGUCAACCCAGUCCCUCAUUGGGCACAGUGCCUCCCCCAUCAACAGCUCCGACUACCACCUCGUUCAUCGGACCGACUACUUCGACACCUCCAACAACGCCCCCAACGACCCCUCCUGACACUCCCCCAAGCACCCCACCGACAUCGUGUCCCACGACUUGCCCGACCACUAACUGCGGAGGAUCAACAGUCACUGUGAGCGUCACGACCACAUCUACUACGACGCAGACCGAUAUUGUGACUGUAUCUCAGACCGCUCCAAGCGAGCCCACGGGCGGCGGCGGCGGUGAUGGUGGCCGCAAUGAUUGUACUGCUGGAACAGGCCCAGGGAACUAUGUUGGUCUAUGUAAUUUCUGUUGCAAGUUCGGAUAUUGCCCUCCUGGUCCUUGCACCUGCACCGGGUAUGGCUCACUUGUGCCGGCACCCCCAAGCACAGGGUGGCACGGCAUUCCCCUCUCCAGCGAAGACAACUCCUAUCUCGGGCUUUGCAGUUUCGCGUGUGACCAUGGGUACUGUCCGCCGACGGCCUGUAUGAUAGUCUAA